CCGAUACCGUUUCCCAUUCAGUGAUUGAAGUAUAUAACAAACUGAGUAUCCAACUAGGAGGAAGAAAAGGAAGAAAAAAAAAUUAAUUUGGAUUAAUACAAUCCCCAAAUAAUUCUAACUCCACUCUAACUCUUUCUCCUCCAUAUCCGCUCUUUCCCGGUAAAAAGCUAACCCUCUCCUUCUUUCUCCAUGCAACCGACUACUUCCCCCCGUCUUCUGUAAACCCUAAACCCACCCCAAAAAAAAAAAAAAAAAACCAGUCAUCAUCAAUAAUGGCGCGGCGAAUUGACGAUCCAAAUGGCAACCAUCCAUAUCAACAACACCAAUUGCUCUUCACCGCCGCCAAGAACUACCAAAACCCUAAUAAUUACUACGCCGCUGACCCGGUCAACAACCACUCCUUCCCAUGGCAGCAGCAGCAGCACCAACUCCUCCUUCCAUACCUGAGCCCCAAUCAGCUCGCCACAGCCGCCGAUCUCCCAGCUUACACCGCCGCCGCCGCCGGCGGUCUGGAUUCCGUCAAUUUGCAGUUGAUUAUGAACAACAACAACAACAUCAAUCAAAGUCAUCUUCAUGAUCUGGAAUCGGCUUUCGCCCUGAUGAACCUGGCCACCGCGGCGGCGGCGGCUCAACCACCGUGGCCAUCUCAAUUAGCCUUCCCGCCGGCCGUGGGUUCCUUGUCCGACACGAGAUUUCAGUCUCUGAACAGCUUGAUGAGAGGAGGAAGAAGAACCGACAUCACCGAUCUCUUCCCUCCGCCGAAUUCAAGCCCCGCCACCGCCGGCAACUGCCCUGAUUUCAGCCGGAAUCAAAAUCCGUACGGUUUCCGCUUCGAUGACGUCACCCUGACCAACGAUAGCUACGAUCUUCGUCAUCAUCAUCAUCGCAAUCAUUCCUCGUACGAUCGUAUGCUGAAGAACGACAAGCCGCAGCUUCUGCCGUCCAAUCACCGCCCACCACGUCAGCGGUACGGUAGCUUAUUAGAGACCGGUUACAAGGAUCGCCAGACUACUCCGCCGCCGUCGUCCUACUACUCGCCGGAGGAGGUGAGGGAGAGACUUGUGGAGCUGGCCAAGGCGAAAGAGAGCUCCAGGACGCUGCAGGCGAUUUGGGAGAGCCACCACCACCGCAACUCCGAUCAGCUUGGGGAGCUGAUCUUCGCCGGGGUGAAGGCGAACCUGAACGAGCUGAUGGAGGAUCAGUACGGGAAUCAUCUCGUGCAGAAGAUAUUCGAGCUCUGCAGUUACGAUCAGAUGGCUCAGAUUCUCCUCGUCGUCGGAGCCCACAGGGACAGAUUCGUAGAUACCUGCCUCCACCAGCACGGGACUCGAGCUGUGCAAAAGAUGAUACAACACAUCCAAGCUGCGGAUCAGAGGGCUUCCUUCUUGUCGACGGUGGAGAACGCGAUCAUCAGGAUGUGCAAGGAUCAGCACGGCCAGCAUGUCGUUCAACAGUGCUUGAAAUGUUUCGUCGGAGAUCGGAGCAUCAAGUAUGUGCUGGAGCAAAUAGCAGAACACUGUCUGGACCUCUCGAUGGACAAGAGCGGGUGCUGUGUGGUGCAAGCCGCAGUGAGUUACGCCAAGAUUUACGGUGAAGCUGAGCUCCUGGACCAUCUUUGUGCUCGAAUCGUCUCGAAUGCCCUAAUCCUUUCCGAACAUCCUUUCGGGAACUAUGUUGUGCAGUAUGUAAUCGAGCUGAGGAUGGAGGCGGUGAACGGGAGGAUAGUGAACAGGUUGAUCGGGAACCACGUCGGGCUGUCGAUGAGCAAGUACGGCAGCAACGUGGUGGAGAAGUGCCUGCGGAUCUGCGGGGACAAGGAGAAGGCGGUGAUCAUCAACGAGAUCAUGAACAGCCCUCAGUUUCUCGACUUUCUCCAGGAUCCUUACGGGAAUUAUGUUGCUCAGACGGCACUCAAGAGAUCCGAGGGUGUUCUGCAGAACAAACUUGUUAACAUGAUUCAAGAGCAGUACCCGUAUUUGCACAGCCAUCUUCAUGGCAAGAAGGUGCUGGCUCGAACCAGCAGAUCAUCAGGGAACAACAACAAGCACCUGCAGCAGCAGCAUCGUGCCGGUCCGAGUGUGAUGAUGAUGAUGAAUGAGUUCCCCAGGCGACAUUUCUGAGGAUCAGUUCUGAAAUGUGUUGUGCCUGGAAAAUCAGUGUUGUUAUUUUAUUUUUAUUUUCGUUCUCUCUCUCUCUCUAGAUGUUAUGUAGCCAGUUAAAAAACCCUAAGGGCGGUUUAUGUCGUGUGUUAGAUGUGGAUGGGAAUUGUUGUUUGUUGUUUAGAGUAGUGUCUGUUCGUGAAAUGUUCCAAGUUGUAAUUUGACACACUUCUCAACUUAUGGUUUUCACGUACCAAAUUUUUUUUUGAUUGGCUUGCUUGCUUGCAUUACUUUUUCGGAUUGGUUAAUCACUUUAUAUAUAUAUAGUGGAAGUGGGCAAAAAAGGGUGCAUGCAUGC